CAGGAAACGACAUUCAGCAUUCGUCAUUUGUGUUGAACGCCAUUUUUCAUCAAUCUUGUGUUAUUGCCGACCCACAAAAUAUUCCUUAUUCCCCUUAAGAAUACAAAGGCUUUUAAAAAUCCAUAAUGAAGGUUUAAAUGCAACUAAUUGGUCUUGAAAUUUGAAGUGAUCACCAUGUCUUGUAUUCACUACAAAUUUAAGAGCAGUCUUGACUACGACUCAGUUACGUUUGAUGGGCUCCAUCUUUCUUUAGCCGAUUUGAAAAAAGCUAUCAGUCAGAAGAAGCGUCUCAAACCUGGAGAAUUUGAAUUAGAGGUUACAAAUGCCCAAACUGGAGAUGUAUACAAGAAAAAUGAUGAAUUGAUUGCCAAGAAUACUUCAGUGAUUGUUUCAAGAGUGCCUAUUACAAAGACGACAGCUAGUAGCACUCAGAAAUCAUGGGAAGCCUUCAAGCAGGAAUGUGCAAAAGUUAAAGAAAAAGAGCGACAGAUGACUUUAGAAAAAUUAAAACAGACUCCUGAUUUAGCAAGUGCACCAGCAUCAGAAAUUGACAAAAUUAAAGCAGUUAUCGACCAGUCUACUAAAGGAUUUGAACAAUCUAGCUUUUUGGGGAAGCACCAGACUGGAGUGCCUCAUGAUACUUACGUUUGUAGAAGAUGUGGACAGAAAGGACAUUAUGUUACAAAUUGCCCUAACAGCAUUCCUGAGGAUCGCAUCAUUGAGCCUCGCUACAAGCGUACAACAGGAAUUCCAAGCACUAUGUUGACUAUUGUGGAUGAUCCGUUACAUCCAGGUGCCCUCUUAACACAUCAUGGCCAGUUUGCUGUUCCUACAGUAGAUGUACUUGGUUAUAGAGAAACUAAAAAAGAACGUCCGCCUUUUCUUCCUGGAGAAAAGCAGCCUGAGCCUGAGAAAAGAAAAAUACCUCAGGAACUUCUUUGUCACAUAUGUGAGGACCUCUGUGUUGAUGCAGCUAUUGCGCCUUGCUGUGGAACAAGCUUUUGCGAUGAAUGUUUGCGUGAAGUUUUGCUUGAAAGUGAUGAUCAUCAGUGCCCAUCAUGUAAAGAGACCAAUGUAUCUCCAGAUAGGAUCGUAGCGAAUCGUUCCAUGAGAUUAGCUGUCACCAACUUUUUAAAUGGUGCUGGCUACACUAAGGUUAAACGUCGUAGAACCAUGUCUUCGGGUGGGGAACAAUCCCAGCCUCUAUUACCAACUCCAACAACCAAGUCAUCACCAAAAUUAUCUAGUCCAAAGACAGAAACCAGUCCCCUCUCUAGUCCAAAUAUCAAUGCUUCACCUGUCUAUUCUGAUCCUAAGUCUGAUCAGAAGCAAGACCUUUCAAGUACAGCACCCUCAUCUCAUUCCCAGACAUCUCAGUCACAUUUCUCUGAUUCAAGAAACCAAAGCUCCUAUGGUUAUAAAUCACACUAUGGUUCUCAAUACAAUCAUGGUCGCCCCCCUAGAUUUCCAGCCAACCACUAUUCUAAACCUUGGCGGUAUUCCAAUGAAUCUUCUAAAGAACCUGGGUCUAUAUCUACAAUAUCUAGGAGGGGUGAUUCUGAUUACAGCCAUUAUAAUUCUCGUCCACAUGCUGAUGAUAAAUCAAUGCACAAAUUUAAUGAUGGCCAUACAGAUAAAAAUGAGUCAGGUGAACCUCCAGCACCUGGAACAUCACCUAUUGCAGACAAGCUGCCAGUGCUCUCUAAGCCUCCAAAUCAGUGGCCACAGAUGCCAGACAAUCAAUCAGCCAACCUGUCAAACAAUGCACAUACAAACCUACUCACUGCUGCCAUGGGCUUGCUUGCUCACAGUAUGCCUUUGCUUAAUGCACCACCCCCUGGCCAUCAUGCAUUUCCAGGUUUACCAGGAUUCCCGCUAACGUUUCCUGGCCUUAGACCAGUGUUGCCUAUGCAGCAGGUUUCCAUGCCUUCUGUUCCUCUUUCAAAGGAAGAAUUUUAUCAAGCGAAAAAGAUGCUACAGCAGACAGAGAUUCCAAAAAAGAAGCCAGUUGAUGUGUUCGAUUCAUUUGCUGACUUUACAAAAAGGCGUAGCCGCACACCUGAAAGACGCAGAAGUUAUUCCAGAUCUCGUUCUAAUUCUUGGAAGAGACACAGUCGCUCUCGAAGCCGUUCACUCAGCAAAGGCAGAUUACAUUCACUGUCACCCAGAAGAAACAUCUCACGGUCUCGCUCUAGAUCUGGUCCCAGAUCUCAAAACCGAUCCAGAACUAGAUCUCCUGGACCCAAGAGGAUUUCCAGAAUGCACUCAAGAUCACGAAGUCCAGCAAGGCUGUCUAAAUCUCGUUCCAGGUCACGUUCUGGCAUGAGAUCUAUUAAACCCUUGUCUCCUAGGGGUCACUCACCCCUUCCAAUACGCAGAUCAUCCAAAUCUCCUAUACGCUCACGGUCCAGAUCAUAUAAACGUUUCUCUAGAUCCAGGUCUAAAUCUUGGACCAAAAGACAGAGAUCAAGAUCAUACUCACCACUAUUGUCCAGAUCACCAAGACGUUCCAGAUCUCCCAGACACUCUCCUCUUCGCUCUCCUAUAAGAAAGCGCUCAUUUUCACCCCGACGGCGAUCUAGGAGUUAUUCUCCUCGUAGGUAUCGCUCCAGAACCAGAAGCCCCAUACCGAAAAGGGUGAAAAGCCGAUCAAGAACAAGAUCUCCAAAUAAAAGAUCUCCAUUCUCACCCAUUCCCUCACCUCGUCAAAGUCCAUAUAAAAAACCAUUAUCACCAAUACCAUAUCAAAGAAGAUCUCCUUCACCACACAGAGGGCGAGGAGGUUACAGGGGAAGUAGGGGAAGGGGUGGAUAUGGUUACAGAGACAAGUUCCGCAAUGCAGACAAGUAUAGAAACUACCACAGCCCGCCACAUGCACCUCCCCCUCUGUCUACACCUGUUCUUUCAACUACAAAUUUACCACCAGUUCCUUACAAUCCACAGAUGGGCUUGCCACCCCCUGAAGAAUAUUUUAAAUAUAAUCCUGCAGGGUACCAAGAGUUUGUUCGUAAUUUCUACUCCCAGUUUGGGCCACAGGCCCAAGCUUGGGCUGCGAGUCAGACAUUUCCACUCCCCUCUGGGGAUGGGAUUACAGGAGGUGUUCCAUCAAAUCAUUUCCUGCCCAACCAACGCCCUCCUUGGGAAACCGUCCCAAUGUCGCCUUCUCAUCGACCACAGUCUAUAACACCUCCAAAUGUCACAUCAGGAAGAGAAAGAAAAGACCAAGGCUACAGGGAUAACACAAGGCACUGGGAAAAAGACAGGCCAGAGAGAGAUAUUAGAGACAGGCCAGACAGAGAUAUAAGAGACAGGCCAGAGAGAGAUGUUAGAGACAGGCCAGACAGAGAUAUAAGAGACAGGCCAGAGAGAGAUGUUAGAGACAGGCCAGACAGAGAUGUAAGAGACAGGCGCACAGACAGAGGAAGAGAUUAUGAUAGAUUUAAAGACAAUGAAAGGAAUAGAGAAUCUGACAGAUACAGAGACAAUGAAAGAUGGAAAGAUAUAGAUAGGCAUGGUGCUGAACGCAGGGAUAGAACCAGAGAAGAUGACCGAAGCAAGGGCCGAGAUGGACAUAGAGAAAAUAAAGAAAGCACAAGAAGCAAAGACAAGCCCACAGUUGAAAAGAAGAAGAGUCCCUUGAAAAAAGCUAAAGAUGGGGAGGAAAAACCUAAAAGCAAAGAAAGGAAGAAGUCUGAUAGAAAGAAAGAAGAAAAAGAGAACAAGAAAAAUAAAAAGCAUGAUUCAGAUGCUAGAAAAGAAAUUGCUGAACAGAAGGAAGUGUUGCUAAAACCAAUUACUGAUGGUGAAAUAGUUCCUUCUGCGCCUACAGAAAAAGUGGGUUUAAAUGAAAAUGCUGUUGAACCUUCCACUAAUGUAAAAGAAGAAACCGUGUCAACUGAUGGUACUAAAGCUGUUGUACCUGAAGAACAAAACCAGGGUGAUUUGGUGAAAUCUGAAACAGAACCUGAAAAACCUGUGAUAAAAGACAAAAAGGCUGUUAGCAAAAAGAAGGGUGAGGGUUUAGGUGGAAAGAAGAAAACCAAAGACAUUUCUGCUGAAGAUGGGGGUGAGAAAAAGGGUAAGAAGACCAGGAAGAAAAAGCUUACUUUUGGCUCCUCUGAAGUUGAUACUAAACAAGGGCUAAAGAAGAAGAAAUUGAAAAGGCUGGUGGAUUACAAAUCUGAAAAUUGCACUUCAGAAGAAGGAGAAGAGCGUUCCUCUUUAGGAGGUAGCCCCUUAAAAAGAGCAAAACUGGCAGAGUUAAACCAGAAGAAUGUGGACUCUGGUGAAUCCGUAACUGCAGAGGUAUCACAUGUCACUAGCUCAGAACCUACCUUUGAGGUGAGCACAGAGGCAGAGCUGGGUGUGGAGCCUUUGAAAGUUGCCGAAGAUGAGACCAUGGUCUCUCAGUCUGAGGGUGAUGAUAAGGUCGCAGAUGCUGGUGAAGACAAAAGCAAAGAAGAGACCAGUCUGGAGCUGCCUGAAAUAUCCAAGUGGGAGAGGGAUGACUUUGAUCUGUUUGAUGCCAUGGACCAACCUAAAGAAAAACCACAAGAGAAAAUGAUGCUCCCAAGAUCUGUUGUUGACAAAGCUGAAAAGUUCUUGAGUCACAAGCCUAUGAAGAACGCAGUUAUGGUUGCUCACGUCACUACCUCAACCAAGUCCCCAGAAUCUACACCAACACCUGAAAAACGUGUUGUUGAGCCUUCUACAUCUAGAAGAGUCUUUAUUGAUAAGAAAGAUGUUAAAGAUAAAAAAGGGAACGAGUUGCAAAUCACUGUAAAGACUGAUAAAAAUAAGAAUGACCCAAAACGUGCGCCAACCUUGGCUAAAUCAGAUGACAGCCGGCACCGCUAUCAUCAUCAUCGGCAUGAUGAUUAUGAAGAAGAUCAACGGUCUGUUGUUAAAUCUCGAUCUCUUGAACGUGAACUUCAGGAAAAAUCUAGAGCUCAGAAGAUAAAGGAGAAGGAAAAAGACAAGUAUUCAUCAAAAAGAGAGGAAAAGAGAGAGAACAGAUCCAGCAGAGACACUGAAAAGAGAUAUGAAUCAUUGAGGAAAGAUAAAAUUGAGACAUCAAGAGAGAAAAGGGACAAGUCACCUGAGCAUAAAGAGAGACGUCACAGUAAGGACACCCCUGCCGGUAACAGCACUGAAACAUCAAAAUCUUCAAAAGACUUGCGUCAUAAACUUGAAGAAAAGACAAAAUCAAAAACUGGCAUCGACUCGAGAAAGUUGUCUGUGAUGGAUGAGUCAGAAUUUGUACCUGAUUACGAGGACAUGACAACUGACAACACAAUAGACAAUGAGCAUGAUGAGGCCACCACUUCACAGAACUCUGGAGCCUCAUCUUCAGACUCUCCAAGUGAGGCUAAAAAGAGGAAAAAGAAUGAGGAUGGUGAUGCUAAAGAGGGGGAGGGAAAGUCAACUGAUGAGGAAGCUUCUGGCAAACACAAAAAGGCAAAAAAGAAACACAAGCACAAGGAGAAAAAUAAGGAAAAGAAAGAAAAGCAUAAGCACAAGAAGAAGAAGCAUAAACACAAGAAAAGUAAAGAGGAGAAAGAGGGUAAGCCAAAGACAAAUAAAGAUGAUUCUUCCUAAUUUGGAGUCACAAAAGUGUGCAAUGUAGUCCAUUGUGUGCAAAACUUUGGUGAAAAUGUACUGUACUGUAAAUUAAAACUGUGUUUGUCAGCCAAUAGGAGCAUUAUGUGUCCUAUGAUGGCGAGACUAGUGAGGAGUAAAAAAUGAAAGUUCUAAAAUCUUAAAACUAUUAGCUUAAAAAUUGAAUGUUCUUGUAUCAAAAACCAUAUUUAAAAUAAUUUAUUUGAUUGAGCUCAGUUUUGGACCAUAAAGUACAGCCUUAUGACCAAUAAAUUAAGUGGUUUGCAACUUAAAAUUCUACAAGGCCCAGGCUUAAAUGUUUUCCAAAUAAAAAUAAAUGCUUUAAUAUCAACAAAAACACUACAAAUUACUACAAAAACUAUUUGAAUAAGCAAUAGUAAAGAACAAAGCUCACAGUAAAGAGAGAGAAAAAAAGAAUUGUAGAAAAAUAUUCAAAUUUUUCUUAAGCUCUUACUUUGUCAUUGAAUUUCAAGAAGUGGAUAAAAUUUGGUAAUCAUUAAGCCAAUUGAAAAUCCUAGCCUAAAAGUUUCAUCAAUUGUAAACAAUGUUUUCUAACAAGGUUUUUUUGCUUAUGUUUACCAAAAAAUGUAUUUGAUUUCCUAUUCAGCUUUAUUUCAUGUAACUGUCAAAUGAUUGAAAGAUUUAUUUUUGUUUCUUUAAGCAGAGCAAACACUCUUGAUAUGCAGAAUUUUUUGCAUUAAAUUACACUAAUAAUUCAGACUUCAGAGAGAAAACAUACUUUAUGUGGACAUCAUCACUGAAUGUUACAUACAUUUUCUAUUUAUUGCUACUUUAGUGUGUUGAAUCAAUGAACUACAAAUGUAUUUUAGACAUUACAAGCUUAUCUAGGCUUUAUGAAAUAAAUGUAUGACAUUCAGCCAGCAUACUGAACCAAUCAGUUUGUGGUUGUAUUUCACAAUAUGUUCCCUUCAGUGGGAUCAUUUAGUAAGGUUAAAACUUUUUCUAGAACCUAUAUCUUUUUUUAAAACAUGCAUAAAAUAACUGCCUUGUGUUGUUAAAUGUCAGUGAAAUAGGGUUUUCUAAAUUUGUAAUAUAUUUGUUGGGUAUUGAAUUUAUUUUACUCAAUAACUGCUAUUUCGUCAUGGUCAUGGUAAUGUUUGCAAUAUAGCUAAGCUUAUGUGUGGUAUUUCAUGAGGACAUACCAUUGAAGGCUUGUAUGUUUCCCAGAAAGACACAGUCUUAAGGGUUUUAAUAUAUGGGCUGUUGUUCAUUUGCAAUCUUUUAUUUAAUGUUUUUUCUACUCCAUAAUCACAAUUGUGUUGCAUCCUUACAUACUUGCUUUCCAUGAACAUAUAAAAUGCAGUGAGCAUUUUUUUUUUUCAUUCAGUGAAUGGUCAUAAAAAUGUUAGAUCAGUAUUAGAAGAGAGUAAUACAAAAAAAAAAGAUGUAAAGUAUUACAUGUUUAUAUUACAUAUUUUUUUUGUCUCUGUUGUUGUUUAAAUUGAUGCUGCUCAUAAGGAAAUGCUGGUGUGUGGUGUGGUACAUUAGACAAGUCAUUUGUUAUUAACUUUGUUAACAGUUUAAAAAUCUCUGAUCUUUUUUUCAGUGAAGUUUGCUCAUUACCCAUUUUAUAAUUAGAACCUAAAGAUUUGAUUGCCCUGUUAAAUAGUGGUACAAUUUUGACUUCUCCUGAUUUGAUGUACUAUUUUGUUAGAUUUGCCAUGUUAUUGUUUAUAUAAGCAAAUAAUUUUUGUCAUUUCUCUGGGGCUAAAAUGCAUUCAAGUUGUUUUGUUUAUGAGACCAUAUUUGUAUAUACAAAGAUGAAUGAUACUUUUUUCCCACAUUUGAUUCUACUUGUUAAAAAAUGCGGUAAGGGACAUAUUGAAAUUGUCUUGAUUUAACUUGUAUGAUAUAUUGUUGCAUUUGUUUUUUUCUCUCAAUGCAAA